GCUCCAUUCAUUGUCUGAGACUCAGCGAUACAUUUGGUUAUUGUCCUUUGGAGAGGCUUUUCAGUGUUACACAUCAUAUCACGGAUUUGGAGUAUGAUUAUAUGUCUCAUUGCUGCUGAAAAAUCUUCUAUGGAAAAACAAGAAAAACAAUUUAUAGCCGGGACAAAGUUCAGCCAAAGGGACACCUUUAGAGAAUCCUGAUCUCUAAAUUUUCUGUGCCAAACUGCUCCAAUAAAGAAGAAUUGUGGAAAAUGGUUGGAUUCAGACCUGCAGAUGUGCCACCAUCAGCAGCUGUGAAGUUUGUGGGAGCAGGAACAGCAGCCUGCAUCGCAGACCUGCUCACCUUCCCCCUGGACACAGCCAAAGUGCGACUACAGAUUCAAGGAGAGGCCAGAGGCUCCAUUGCUACAGGGAGUGGCCCUACAGUGAAGUAUCGAGGAGUGUUUGGCACGAUUGCCACCAUGGUGCGUACUGAGGGUCCUCGGAGUCUAUACAGUGGACUGGUGGCGGGACUCCAGAGGCAGAUGAGCUUCGCCUCUGUCCGAAUUGGUCUCUAUGACUCUGUUAAACAGUUCUACACUAAAGGCUCUGACCAUGCAGGCAUUGGCAGUCGGCUGCUGGCUGGAUCUACCACAGGUGCCAUGGCAGUUGCUAUUGCUCAGCCCACAGAUGUGGUGAAAGUUCGCUUCCAGGCAAAGGCCAGAUCUCUUGGGCAUGCCAGGCGCUACUGCAGCACAGUGGAUGCUUACAAGACCAUUGCCAAGGAGGAAGGCAUUAGUGGUCUGUGGAAAGGUACCGCUCCAAACAUUGCACGUAAUGCUAUUGUUAACUGCACAGAACUGGUGACAUAUGACUUCAUCAAGGAUAUGCUUCUUAGGUCCACACCCCUGACAGAUAAUCUGCCCUGCCAUUUUGCUUCAGCCUUUGGUGCAGGGCUGUGCACAACAGUGAUCGCCUCGCCCGUUGAUGUGGUCAAGACAAGAUAUAUGAACUCUGCUCUUGGUCAGUACAGCAGCGUUCUCAGUUGUGCUGCUGCCAUGAUGACCAAAGAGGGCCCGUGUGCCUUUUACAAAGGGUUUAUGCCAUCUUUCUUACGCCUGGGCUCCUGGAAUGUGGUGAUGUUUGUCACAUAUGAGCAGCUGAAACGAGCCAUGAUGGCAGCAAAUCACAGCUGCAAAACAUUUCUGUAAUAGUUACUGUCUCUCAGUGGGCUCGUGUUUGACCACAGAUACACUGGCUUUAAUUUUUAUAACUGUCCAGCAUGUGCUUUUUUAACUGCUUACAGAAACAUUUUGACGGUAUGCAAAGUGUAAAGAAAAACAGAACAUCAUGAUUUGCCAAUAAAGA